AGGAGUAUUCUUGUCAAGUACGGCUGCUGAGCUUCGAAUUAAAAUGGGGCAGUUGCCAAUCACAAUUAUCAACUGUCCCAUUUUCGCAUUCUAAAUUUCCCACGUUCACCAAACCCACGCACGCACACUUUCUCAAUCUCUCUCGUCUCUGCUUCACCAGAGUUUAGAAGAUGGGAUCAGGUCAAUGGUUGGUGGAGAAAAGGGCUACUUUCAGGAGUGAUUCAUUCUCUGACAAUGAUAAUGCACCGGAAACUGGUUGUCUUUCAAUUGUUGUUCUUGGUGCUUCCGGUGAUCUUGCCAAGAAGAAGACUUUCCCUGCUCUCUUCAAUCUAUACCGCCAGGGAUUUCUAACAUCGAAUGAUGUUCACAUUUUUGGCUAUGCAAGGACUAAGAUUUCAGAUGAUCAGCUGAGAAGUCGCAUUCGUGGAUAUCUUACUGGUUCCAAAGAAGAGGAAGUAUCAGAUUUUUUGCAACUGAUUAAAUAUGUAAGUGGUACUUAUGAUACCGAGGAGGGUUUUCAGCUAUUGGACAAGGAAAUUUCAGAACAUGAGUUCUCAAAAGGCAGUGUGGAAGGAUCAUCCCGCAGACUUUUCUAUUUUGCACUUCCCCCAUCAGUCUAUCCAUCUGUAUGCAGGAUGAUUAAGCGGUGUUGCAUGAAUAAAUCUGAUCUUGGUGGAUGGACUCGGAUUGUUGUUGAGAAGCCAUUUGGCAAGGAUUUGGACUCGUCCGAGGAACUUAGUACCCAGAUAGGAGAGCUGUUUGAUGAAUCACAAAUUUACCGUAUUGAUCACUAUUUGGGAAAGGAAUUGGUGCAAAACUUGUUGGUGCUUCGCUUCGCCAAUCGUUUCUUUUUGCCCCUCUGGAAUCGUGACAAUAUUGCCAAUGUACAGAUUGUCUUUAGGGAGGAUUUUGGAACUGAAGGCCGUGGAGGAUAUUUUGACGAAUAUGGGAUUGUCCGCGAUAUUAUUCAAAAUCAUCUAUUGCAGGUUCUUUGUCUCGUUGCCAUGGAAAAGCCUGUCUCUUUGAAACCUGAGCACAUCCGGGAUGAGAAAGUGAAGGUUCUUCAAUCUGUACUUCCAAUCAAUUAUGAUGAAGUUGUUCUUGGACAAUAUGACGGCUAUAGGGAUGAUCCAACAGUUCCUGACCACUCAAAUACCCCAACAUUUGCAACUAUGGUGUUGCACAUACAUAAUGAAAGAUGGGAAGGUGUUCCCUUUAUAUUAAAGGCAGGAAAAGCAUUGAGUUCCAGGAAGGCGGAGAUACGCGUUCAAUUUAAGGAUGUUCCUGGUGAUAUAUACAAAUGCCAAAGGCAAGGAAGAAAUGAAUUUGUAAUACGCCUUCAACCAUCAGAAGCCAUUUACAUGAAGCUGACGGUCAAGCAGCCAGGUCUUGAGAUGUCAACGGUACAAAGUGAACUUGACUUGUCAUAUGGGCAACGCUAUCAAAAUAUUACAAUCCCAGAGGCUUAUGAGCGCCUAAUUCUUGACACGAUUCGAGGCGAUCAGCAGCAUUUUGUUCGCAGAGACGAGUUGAAGGCGGCCUGGCAGAUUUUCACACCUCUUCUGCACAGCAUCGACAAUGGUGAACUGAAGCCACAAAUAUACAAACCAGGCAGCCGAGGUCCUGCCGAGGCAGAUGAGCUUCUAGCCAAAGCAGGUUAUGUUCAAACACAUGGAUAUAUAUGGAUUCCCCCCACCUUAUAGAAAGAUGUAGCAUGCGUAAUAAAUGCCGUUUGAGUUGAGUUUUUCGUUACAGUGAACAGUAAUACGACAAUAAUGUGGCGAUGCAAUCUUUACUACGAAAGUGUGUUGAAGAAACAAGUUGUUUUUAUGCUGAAAGAGUAUGAAUCUGUUGUGUAAAAAGAUGCUUGAAUCAAUAAAUGUUGCGGUGGGCAGAUUACAUAUCUAAA